UUAUUAGUACAGAGAGAGAGAGAAAGAAAAACUACAAAACCAACCAUAAAUCCAUGUCACCCCACACACUCUUCUCUCUCCUUCCAACUUUACCUUUGUAUCCUUCUCAGACGCCGUCGUUUUAGCUCUGAGAGAGAAACGGCGCAAAAUUUGUUAGGGCGACGUUUUCUGUCAACUACCGGUGGAGGAAUCAACGAUUUACGGGGCGAUGUUUUGGUGAUGUUCCUAGUCACAUUUCUUUUGUUUUUUUCUACUUUCUCGGAGCCAGAUUCGUGAAUCACUCGCCUCCUGUACCGUCGAUUCCGGGAUCAACGGUUGUGGAUCUUUUUAUUUCAUUGAUUUCUCUUCUCAGCUCACAAAAAAUCCGUAAACAGACACUGUGUGCGUUUUACACGCAAUCGGUGUGAGAAAUUUGUGGAGCAUUUAUUGUGAAACCAGUUCAAUUAAACGAAGAAAUUGCACUUCUCGGUUGACAUGGGGGAGAGGAGCUUGGACUCCGAGCUGUGGCACGCGUGCGCUGGUGGCAUGGUUCAAAUGCCGCCGGUGAACUCGAAGGUCUUCUAUUUCCCGCAGGGACACGCGGAGCACACGCUCACUUCUGUCGAUUUCGGCGCUUUGCCGAAAUUCCCGCCGAUGAUCCUCUGCCGUGUGGCCGCCGUGAAAUAUUUGGCCGACCCUGACACCGACGAGGUUUAUGGAAAGAUUAGGCUGAUUCCGGUGGGGAAGAACGAGCACGGCUUCGAUGACGGUGGAGUUCUGGGAAACAACGGAUCUGCGUCUAAUGAGAAGCCUACUUCGUUCGCGAAGACGCUGACGCAGUCCGAUGCUAACAACGGCGGGGGAUUCUCCGUUCCUCGUUACUGCGCUGAGACGAUUUUCCCUCGAUUGGAUUACUCGGCCGAUCCUCCCGUGCAGAAUGUGAUUGCCAAGGAUGUCCACGGCGAUACUUGGAAGUUUCGCCAUAUCUACCGAGGAACGCCGAGGAGGCAUUUGCUGACUACUGGAUGGAGUACUUUUGUGAAUCAGAAGAAGCUCGUGGCCGGGGAUUCGAUCGUGUUUCUGAGGGCCGAGAACGGGGAUCUUUGCGUGGGAAUUCGGAGGGCUAAGAGGAGUGGAGUUGGGGGUGAGCCCUCGUCCGGGUGGAACUCCGGUGGUGCAGGGAAUUUUGGUUUCUCGUCGUUUUUGAAGGAGGAUGAGAGCAGGCUGAUGCACAGAGUUGGUAGUGGGAAUAUGAGAGAGAAGGGGAAAGUGAGGCCUGAGUCGGUUGUUGAGGCCACUUUCCUGGCGGCUAACGGCCAGCCUUUUGAGGUGGUCUACUAUCCACGGGCGAGCACGCCGGAGUUCUGUGUGAGGGCAUCAUCUGUCAGUGCCGCCAUGAGGGUACAUUGGUGUGCUGGAAUGAGGUUCAAGAUGCCAUUUGAAACUGAGGACUCCUCUCGGAUUAGCUGGUUUAUGGGAACUAUUGCUUCUGUUCAAGUUGUUGACCCCCUCCGUUGGCCUAAUUCUCCUUGGAGGCUGCUUCAGGUAACAUGGGAUGAACCUGAUCUAUUGCAAAAUGUGAAAUGUGUCAGCCCUUGGCUUGUUGAGAUGGUCUCAAAUAUGCCAACAAUCCUCCAUCUAUCGCCCUUCUCACCACCAAGAAAGAAGUUGCGUUUACAGCAACACUCAGACUUUUCACUAGAUGGCCAAUUUCCAAUGCCGUCGUUUUCAGGCACCCCCCUAGGUCCAAGCAGUCCCUUGAGUCUAUCUGACAACAUUACUGCAGGCAUACAGGGAGCCAGGCAUGCUCAAAUGGGAAUCCCAUUGUCGGAUUUCCAUCUCAGCAACAAACUGCAGAUGGGACUAUUACCACCCAGUUUCCUACGACUUGAUCCUCAUGCUAAAAUUCCGAAUAGGAUGGCUAGGAGUCAUGUGGAUAGUAAGGAAAAUAUAUCUUGCCUAUUAAGCAUAGGAAGUGCUACUCAAAAUUCAGAGAAAACUGGUGACGUCAAGACACCUCGGUUUGUACUCUUUGGUCAAACAAUACUCACUGAGCAGCAGAUGGCUAACGACUGCUCCAGUGAAGUAGCUUCUAAAGUAACAGAGGAAAAGAACUCUGGUGGGACACCAUGGAAGAAUGGAAGUUUUGCUCUUGACCGUGAAGAUCUUCCAAAUAAUUUUUCUGAUAGCCAGUUCUUGUGGAAACAAGGCUACAAUACAUCUGAUCUUAGCUUGGAUACUGGUCAUUGCAAGGUGUUCUUGGAGUCUGAAGAUGUAGGUCGAACCCUUGAUCUAUCUGUUCUCGGAUCAUAUGAAGAGCUACACAAAAGGCUAGAGGAAAUGUUUGGGUUUGAAAGAUCAGAAAUGCUGAGCCAUGUGUACUACCGUGAUGCAGCAGGUGCUAUCAAACAAGCUGGAGAUGAACCAUUCAGUGAGUUCAUGAAGAAUGCCAAAAGAUUGACUAUUCGUAUGAAACCAAGCAGUAACAACUCCGAAAGUAAGGAAGAAGCUGGCGAAACUGAAAGAUCUCUUACUAUGUAUUGAAGGAAAUUUAUUACUGGUUUGCCAACCGCGGAGCGCGGACUAGAUUCCUCCAACCAGGCAGGGGCCCUCAGCAUAUUUGCAUAGUCGAGGCAUCUUGCAAACCAUGGCAGAAUAGGCGAGGCUACGGUUUAUUCAUCUACAUCUAGUUCUAGUAAUUGCUUCGUGUCCAAUGUGUUAAUGGAAACUUCAAUAAUGUGAAGUUCUAGCUAAAUGUGUGUUGUGUAUAACAUCAUUCUAGUUAAUGGUGUGGAUUCUGUGUUUAUGAUCUAGCUCAAUCAACUCUACUAUGCUGGCUGCUAUAAUUUUAUGAUCUUAUUAUGUAAUAUGUUGACCUAUCUCUCUA